AUGACCGCUGCCGAAGCCUUGAAAGCCGUUGAUCUCGCACCAAAUCUGGAGUUCACCUCUUUCGCAAUGACGCUGCGAUCUACUACACCCAGAGAACCGAUGGUUCAGAAAAUCCUCAGAGGACAAGGAUAUCCAGAGAUCUUGAAUCCCGCUACUGGCGAAACUGUUGAUUUUGCCAUCAGUAGCCGAUCAGGCCCUCGCACGAAUCUGGCCUAUAACUUUAACCCAUCAGAGUCUAUCGUCGUUGUCAUGCGACGGAAGGCGAGCAAGAGUCUUCAUUCAGUGUCCAAAGACGGUCACCAGCUCUUGGCGGCGACACCUUUCGAGUCUUUCGUGGCAACACCUCACCAAAACAUUUCGUCUUCAUUUGCUGUUACACUAUGGGCAAAGCCGGAGGUUGCACAGUUUGGCACUUCAAACUACAUCAUUUACCCCACGUCAUCAUAUGGGAAUGGACAUGCAUCAAUGUCACUCUCUCUGGGGACCAACGGUAUUCAGAUCGGGGAGGCGACAACUUCUAGCCCCGAGACUGUCAUUGGUCUCACUGAGACCGCCAACAACUUUGCCAUCUCGGGGUGGACUCAUUUCGCCAUCAUGUAUGAAAAUGACACGCCUUCGCUAUAUAUCAAUGGCGAAAUAAUAAGCAAGGGCACAAAGUCAAGCAACAUUGUGCAUCCAGGUCUGGGACAGCCAGAUGCGCCAGCACGCAUGACAAAGCGGUUCGACGGUGACCUCGCUGGGCUUGAACUCAAAUCUCUGAAGGACCACGAGGAUUUCGACGUCGCCCAUUUCUCCGGAACAGCGACCUACAGGACGAAGUUCCAACUGCCCAACGAUCACGGUACUAAGACGAGCAAGGGUGCAAAGACACGUGUACUACUGAACUUGGGCCGAGUUGAAAAUAUUGCCUCAGUCAAGGUGAAUGGGAAGGAUCAAGGUCUCGUCUGGCUCUCGCCCUACGAGGUAGACAUCGCCUCGGCUGUGAGAUCGUCCCGUACCAACACACUGGAGGUGAAGGUCACAAACUGUUGGCCAAACAGGCUUAUUGGAGACGAGAAGCUACCGGUAGAGAACAAGUACAACUCGACACGGCAGAAUUUUGCCAUCGAGGAAUGGCCAGACUGGUUUGCCAAGGGUUUGGAUGGCAGAGGAUACAAUAAUGGGGAUGAGUUUGGAAAUGACGGCACCCGUAAGCCUGGAGACAGAGUCACUUUCACUUCUUGGAAGCACUACGAUGAGUCGAGCCCCUUGUUUGAAAGUGGACUUCUGGGACCUGUCACUGUCACGGGAGCUGAGCUUGUGGACAUAAAGGUGUAA